AUGGAACACUUGUCCAUGGAUUACGGCAAGAAGUCCAAACUGGAGUUUGCUAUCUAUCCGGCCCCUCAAGUGUCCACAGCAGUGGUGGAGCCCUACAAUUCUAUCCUGACCACCCACACCACCUUGGAACACUCUGACUGUGCCUUCAUGGUGGACAAUGAGGCCAUCUAUGACAUCUGCCGUCGUAAUUUGGACAUUGAGCGCCCCACGUACACCAACCUGAACCGUCUCAUCAGCCAGAUUGUCUCCUCCAUCACUGCCUCCUUGCGCUUCGACGGUGCCCUCAAUGUGGACCUGACUGAGUUCCAGACCAACCUGGUGCCCCGUGAAUGCAUCUCGGUUCAUGUUGGUCAAGCUGGCGUACAGAUUGGUAAUGCAUGCUGGGAGCUGUUCUGUCUGGAACACGGCAUCCAGCCAGAUGGCACCUUUCAGGCCGAACCCAACAAGUUUAAUAAUGAUGACUCCUUUACCACAUUCUUCAGUGAAACCCGCACGGGGAAGCACGUGCCACGAGCUGUUAUGGUGGACCUAGAACCCACAGUAGUAGAUGAAGUACGGGCUGGUUUCCAGGUUGGCAUCAAUUAUCAGCCCCCAACCGUAGUGCCCGGAGGUGACCUUGCUCAAGUGCAGCGAGCUGUUUGCAUGCUGAGCAAUACCACUGCCAUCGCUGAAGCCUGGGCCAGAUUGGACCACAAGUUUGAUUUGAUGUACGCCAAGCGAGCCUUUGUUCACUGGUAUGUUGGUGAAGGCAUGGAGGAAGGAGAGUUCUCGGAGGCUCGGGAAGAUUUAGCUGCAUUGGAGAAAGACUAUGAGGAAGUUGGCACGGAUUCUUUGGAAGAAGAAAAUGAUGGGGAAGAAUUUUAA